AUGGUAUUUGUCACGCUCAAGUACAUUGUCAUUGGAGAUUCAGAGGUUGGUAAGUCAUCGUUACUACUACAGUUGACUGAACAGCAUUUCCAGCCUAUCCACGACUUGACCAUCGGUGUUGAGUUUGGGGCCAAGUUGCUAGAGGUGGACGGCCGCAAGGUGAAACUAGAGAUCUGGGAUACAGCUGGACAGGAAACCUUCCUGUCUAUCACUCGUAGCUAUUACCGUGGAGCGGACGGCGCACUGCUCGUGUACGAUGUGGGUCGGAGAGAAAGUUUUGAACACCUCGGCCGUUGGCUCCAGGAAUGCCACCAAAACUGCCACAACGACGAAAUAGAGAUCAUGGUCGUCGGUAUGAAGUGUGACGUAGAGGACAGAGAACGAGAAGUGACAGAGGAAGACGGACGCAAGUGGGCUGCUGACCAUGGACUCUUCUUCAUCGAGGCUUCGGCCAAGACGGCGCUUAACGUCGAGCAGGCCUUCACACUAAUAGCUACAACGAUUCUGCGCAAGUUUGACGAUUCUACCUACCAGAUCCGGAAAUCGUCGGGUCCUAGUCGAGUGUGUAUCGAUACCGCUUUGGACGGACCACAGACAAAGUCCGACUGCUGCGGUGGGUAG